UGUCACAGUUUUUUGGGUAUUACAAGUAAUACAUUGUUUAUAAUGGUUUAGUUGUGUGUCGGUGUUAGCAGGGAGAAGGUUUAAUAUAUCUCUCUGCUCUGUGUACGUACAGUUAACUCAAGUAUACCAGGAGUAAAGGAGAUCAUGAGGGAAAGUGUAAUCUGUAGUUAUUUUAUUACAGGACUGACAGUACUGAAUGUUUCUGCCAUCAGCAUACAGCCCAGUACAGAACAGCUGCAUAGCAACAUAACAGAUAUCUUUAAUCAAACCAUUGAUUUAGACCGAUUGAAUUUAAUAUCAGAAAGGAAAUACUAUGAUUACUCAAUUGAGAUCGAAAACAAUGUUUCUACUGACACUCCCACACACAUUACUGAUGAAAUGGGAAACGGGAUUGCCAAUAAAGAUUUGUACGAUGAAAAUUUCGAAAUUGGAGAAACAUUUAAAAACAUGAAAGAACCGAACAUUCAAGACCUGAAUAAUACUUACAUUAACGAUUUUUCAAUGAAAGAGAAUACAAAUGUUAGCCAGGACAACAGCCAUGAAGUCGGUUCAGAAACUAAUAAAUUUACAAAAACUAAGAAAAAUGAAUCUGCAAAAAAUGCCAUGGAUAAGAAACACAAAUAUUUAAAAGCUCUUGAAAAUUCUUUUGAACACUCCGACAAUCAAAUUGUUCAAACAUUAAAUGAUAAAGCUACCCAGGAAUCUGACGCUGAACCCGAAAACGUUUAUGAUACUGAAAUAAUAGAGAAAGAUGUGAUAACUGUGAUCCCAAAGACUAGUGUUGAUGAAGCUUUAGAGAACUAUAUCAG